GGCGGGUAGCUAUUGUCAAACUACCUUUAGCAACCGUUUCAGGACAGGAGUAUAUAUUCGUGUGUGUCCUAUCAAAUAGUUAUAAUUUCGAUGUAAUCCUCGUCUUUCUUUGCAACUCCCAAAUCCUGCAUUUCCCAAAAUGCAUUCUGUUUUAUGACUUUUGAACUCUGGAUAAAAACAAGCCGAUCAGCUGAUGUAAAAGCAACAACAUCUACAAGGGUCUGAAUAGUUCAGCUAGCUAACCUUUGCAACAACGUUUGCUAUUAUGUGGCAGUCGGCGGUAUGGUGUUAGACAGUAUACGUGUCCAGUUUUAGACUGUUGAGGCAGCAUUUUAGUAAGUCGUCGUCCGUCGGACUGGAAGCCACUGCUAGUUACUCUCACUAACCCCUGACCCGUCAGCUUUGAGAUGAGUGGUCAAGGUCCAGCUGUAGAUAAAGCAAUGAACACAGUCUUAGGCUGUCAGGAGAGCUACGCCUGUGGGGGUUCAGAUGAGGCUGCCUUUGAAUGUGAUGAAUGCGGCAGCUUGCAGUGUGCCCGCUGUGAACUGGAGCUCCAUCGCCAGGAGCGGAUGAGGAAUCACGACCGGGUUCGGAUUGCGCCAGGCCACGUUCCUUUCUGUGACUCGUGUAAAGGGGACAGCAGCUGCUCUUACAACGGUGGACGGCUCCGAGCGCUGGUGCGCUGCCAGGGUUGUAAGAUCAACCUGUGUUUGGACUGCCAGAAACGCACCCACAGUGGAGUCAACAAGAGGAAGCACCCUCUGACACCCUACCCCCCUGCCAAAGCUCCCCAGGAUAACAGUCUGGGUGCUGGGGAGUCACAGAUGGAGAUCCUGAAAGGCGAACUGGAGAAGGUGUGCAGCUUCCUAUUGGUGGACGAGAGGGAGGAGAUGCAGGUGAAGGAUGAGGACGACUUUGUGAGCAGACUGGGCUGCAGGUCAGACGAGCUCCUCAAAGUGGUCUCCAUCUUUGGAAACACUGGGGAGGGCAAGUCGCACACCCUGAACCAUACAUUUUUCCUUGGAAGAGAAGUGUUUAAGACCUCACCCACCCAAGAGUCCUGCACUGUGGGUGUGUGGGCGGCUAUGGACCCUGUACACCGGGUGGUAGUCAUCGACACAGAAGGACUGCUUGGGGCUGGAGCUAAUCAGGGUCAGCGAACACGCCUGCUCCUCAAAGUCCUGGCUAUCUGUGAUGUGGUCAUCUACCGUACCCAUGCCGACCGUCUCCAUGACGAUCUCUUCAAGUUCCUUGGUGACGCAUCAGAUGCCUACCUUAAACAUUUCACCAGGGAGCUGAAAGCGACUACCACCCGCUGUGGUCUGGACGUCCCGUUGUCCACUCUGGGCCCUGCUGUAAUCAUCUUCCAUGAGACCGUCCACACCAAGCUACUAGGAUCAGACAAACCAUCUGAGUCGGCCGAGCGUCUUCUCCAGGAGCGUUUCAGGAAGCUGGGUCUGUUUCCAGAAGCGUUCAGCUCCAUCCAGUACCGUGGAACUCGAACCUACAACCCUCCCACAGACUUCAGCGGUCUGCUGCGCAGCCUGGAGCAACAGCUGGACAACAACACCACCCGCUCGCCACGCUCUGCCAGCGUCAUCUACAAGGCUCUGCAGGCUCUGAGCGAGCGCUUUAGCGGGGAGAUUUCCGAAGAGUACAUGGCCAGUAACUCCUUCUUUCCAGAUGAGUACUUUACCUGCUCUAGCCUCUGCCUCAGCUGUGGUUCAGGCUGUAAGAGAAGCAUGAACCACCUAAAGGAGGGCCUCGACCACGAAGCCAAACAUCGCUGCCGCUACUCUGCACAGUAUGACAACCGCAUCUACACUUGCAAGGCCUGCUAUGAGGGCGGGAAGGAGGUGGUAGUGGUUCCCAAAACGACGGCCUCGUCUGACUCACCGUGGUUUGGCUUGGCCAUCUACGCCUGGUCUGGGUAUGUAAUCGAGUGCCCCAACUGUGCAGUGAUCUACAGAAGCAGGCAGUACUGGUAUGGAAACCAGGACCCAGUGGAAACAGUGGUUAGAACAGAGAUCCAGCACAUCUGGCCUGGGUCUGACGGUUUUUUGAAAGACAACAACAACGCUGCCCAGAGGCUGCUGGAUGGAGUCAAAUACAUUUCUCAGUCAGUGUCUGAACUCAGCGUCAAGCCUGCCAAAGCAGUCACCUCCUGGCUUACCGACCAGAUCGCUCCCACCUACUGGAAACCCAACUCCCUUAUCCUGAAAUGUCAUAAAUGUGGGGAAGAGUUCCAGCCCAACGACACCAAGCACCACUGUCGUGCCUGCGGAGAGGGCUUCUGUGACCCCUGCUCCUCAAAGACUCGUCCGGUCCCGGAGAGGGGCUGGGGCCUCGCACCUGUCCGAGUCUGCGACGCGUGUUUCCACAACAGGGGAAUCUCAACUGAGUUACUGGAUGCUGCCUUGGAGGAGGAGGGAGGCACCCUGAUAGCCAGGAAGGUUGGGGAGGCGGUUCAGAACACUUUAGGAGCUGUAGUCGGUGCCAUCGACAUACCUCUCGGCCUGGUGAAGGACGCAGCUCGGCCGGCCUACUGGGUCCCAGAUCAGGACAUCCACUCCUGCAGCGAGUGCCAGAGGGAGUUCUCCCCACGUCUCUCCAUCCACCACUGCCGCGCCUGUGGCCAGGGAGUGUGCGACGACUGCUCUCAGGAGCGGCGCGCCGUGCCCUCCCGUGGCUGGGACCACCCAGUGAGGGUCUGCAACGGCUGCAACCAGAAACCCGGGGAGCUCUAGCAGUACGAGGCAGAGAGGGGGACGGUUAAGGAAGCUGGCCUCUGCGAAAACUGGAAUUGACAACAUUUUGGCUUAGAGGCUUCAGCUCCCUUUCGUCUCUUUAGUGGCAUUUCUUGGCUGCCACUACUGUCCUGUGGCAGGUUGGACUCUUUGGUUUAUUGUUUUCUAACGCCGUCCUCACGUCACGUCAGUCCCCUGAUGCUAUUUCACUUUAAUAUGCCUAUAUUUUACACUGUGAAGAAUACCAGUCAGAGUGAGAACUUGACAGCGUUUUAUAAAAGUGAGUAUUGUACGUGCUUGCUUGCAAUUAAGUUCAGGUAACUACCCAUGUACCCAUUCGAUCCUUUAAAACUUGUAAUGAUGCACGUGAUCCCCCCCUUGACAAUCCCUCCCAGUGUGACACACUAGUACUAUUAGCACCUUUUGUAGUCUGGGGCUACAUGGGUGAACCGUUAUAAUAGAAUCACUGACUGAGCAUCUUAAACUGAUUCCGGGUAAGCACUUUUAUAGCAUUUAGGGCUAGCUUUAGAGGAAACAAUGGAAAACCUCAUAUCCACCACAAUAAAUUUGGAUCCUUUUGAAUGGAUCUACAGUAGUUUUCCUCUGCUUACACCCUGCAAGCUUUAGCUUUCCCGCCACUCUUUGGCUUCAGGAGGAUUAGAACAAUCAGAAGCCAAUGAUGUACUGUAGCAAGAUCCGAGAUGCAUUCCGACUUAUAGAAGCACAUAAUAUUAACUUCUUACAUCAUCCCUCAAUGCUUUGUGGUUGUUUGUCCAUUUGAAUGGGCAGAUAAUAGAACAGCCUUAAUAAUGCUGUCGACCUUGUUAUUUUGCAUAG